UAUCCGUAGUUGGAGAUGUUGGCUAACCUGUGGUAACAAAGUGUAGUGCAUAGUUUGGGCUUAUGCGAUUUAUUUUGCCAGAUUUGAUGUAAGAUUAUGCAUUAUCUCCUUCUUUAAAUCGCUAUACUAUUUUAUGCACAAAAGUCUUUGUGUUGCAUAAUUCGCUGGUAAAUUGUUUGGAAAAUGGUGAACGUGGCUUCCUGCAUCAGCGGUAACCGCCAUUGAAAGUGUAAACGGCUGUAACAUUGUUUACGUAGUAUGGAACGGUACGGAAUGACUGCGCCGUAGUUGACUUUAAACAAGAAAAGGGAUUUUAUGAGGAAUGGAGUCUGCUAACAUUAAACUAAUUUGCAGAUUAUGCGCAAAAGAAGAUAAAUUCUGCGUCGAUAUUUUUGGCGAGGAUGGAGUAAAAAAUAAUAUAUCGAAGAAAAUACGGCUGUGUUUACCUAUUGCUGUAAAGGAAGAUGAUGAAUUCCCAAAACAGAUAUGUCUGAGCUGCCUGAACAAGUUGGACACCAGCUAUGAAUUAUAUUCAGGAUGCAUGAAUGCACAGAAUACAAUCAAGAGGCUGUUGAAGAUUUUCACCCGCCCUAAGCCACAAGAUGAUAUACAUGUAAUCGAACAAGUCCCAAAUGAUACAAACUUUUUGGCGCAGCAGCUGCCUACACUGAGUCUGAGUAAACCUUUCAUGAAAUUUGGCAAAACUAUAGUACAACUGCAAGAUGCUUCCAGUAAAAAUAGGAAUGAUAAACAUAUACCAGAAUCAGGACUGCAAGUAAGACAACUUCAGAGUGAAAGGCAUGAUAACCUGAAUUUGGAGCUUGAUGAUGAUCGAAACUCUGCUGGUUCUCCAUGGCAGUCAACACAACUGCGAGAUACUUCAAGUAAAAAGAGGAGUAAUGAACAUAUACCUGAGCCAGGAGUAAAAGUAAGAAGACUUAAGAGUGAAGGACAUGAUAACCUGACUUUUGAACUUGAGAGUGAUGAUUCCAACACUGUUUGUUCUCCACUGUCGUCCCUUCCAGUAGAUGAUGAUGAUAAUAGUGGUAGUGGUGGUGGUGGUGGGGGGAGUACACAGGCUGCACAACAGGUUUCCCAGAUGGGUCUGCCAACUGAAAACUUGUCAGCAUAUACUGUGACACCAUCUGACCAGAUGUAUAUAGAUGGAAAUGUAGGUACAGUGUCUCCAUCACAGCAGCAGUUUGGAACAUCUGGUAUGGUGUCUAAAACAUCAUCAGUUGGCCAGCUUGUGGGUAGCGUUCCUGUCAAUAGAGAAAAACAAUUCUUGGGAACCCUGCAGACUGUUUCUAGUGUAGAAACCCAGACAGUAUCUAGCUCAUCAUCAUCAGGUCUUGCUGUGACAUCGAGUGAGUUGGGUGAUACAUCCAGUCAGGAUGUAAAGUUUUUGUCUUCCAAGGAUUCUGCAGUACCAGUAAUGGCUCAGCAACCAACUCAGAACACCAUAGGACAGCCACAAGUUUACAUCCCUGACUCACAGUGUAGCUCAUCAACAGAUGAGCAAGGAGGUUUGAUGGCUGGCAGCGUAAGUCUUAUAAUUACACCAGGAAAUCCAACAACAUCCUUCUCACCACAACAACAAAUGUUGAAAGAGAGGUUAGAGCUAAGUGGACAAUUAUGUUCACAUGAAGAUUCACUUCAGCACCAGUCCAUUCAACAAGGACAAGCAAUACAGCACCAGCAGUACACUUCACUGAACCAUCAGAAACCUAUUGGAAGAGAAAAGUCUAAUGAAACACAUCUGAGGUCAGGUUUUAGACCAGUAUUUCUUGCUGACAAUGAAAGACUAAAAGGAUCCUCAGAUGUUUUAAUUACUACACCUAGUUGUGUAGUACUUCCUCAGCAGCAAAAAUUGGUUUCAGUUAACACUUCAUCUUCAUUGAAAGGAAAGAUUGGUGUGAAAACAGCGUCAUUGUUACAAUUACCUGCUGUUGAAGCUAACCAAAUAGCAGGUGUGCCUCCAGUAAUGGAGAGAAGCAGUCAGCAUAUUUACAUUUCUAAUCCUCUUCAGAAUAAUACAUCCAUUGUUUCUGAUCAGCAGACAAAGGAUUUUGGGGGUCAGCAUCUAUAUUCAAGUGGUCAUCGUGUUCAAGCCGGAGGCAUUUCUUUAGAUACUGCUGUCACAGCCACUACAAGUGCAGUUAUUUCUGCGAUUUCUAGUGGAAGAGCCUUGGCAGGUGUGAGAGUUGCAACAGUUCCCACGGCUGGUGCUGUCAGUUUGAACGUCCCUACUACACUCUCCAUGGUUACCCCCAGUGCAACUUCUUUAAUGGGCAUUGGAGUACAUGUUCCAUCUGCUGCUGAUAGAACUUCUGUUCUCAGUAUGGGAGAGCCUGCUGUAUCCAGAAUAGGAAUAAUUGCUCCUAUUUCAAAUUGUACUUUUGAUAUGGUAACAGCCACUGCUCCAUCAUCAACCCUUACUACAACUUCAACCUUCAGUACAGUAACUUCUGUUGCAACUUCUAUGAACAGCACAGCAGAUCCAUAUUCAGAUUCUGCUGUGAGGGUAGAGAUUCCCUCUACAUUUGUCACAAUCAAUGAACAAACCUCUAAUUCACCCUUAACUAUCGGGAAAUCCUCAACUACCACAGGUGUCCAAACAAGCGAUACUGUGAGCUCCAUCACUAAGUGCUCCACUCCCACCUCCACGCAUAAAGCUGUUACCACCCAGACUGAUAAAAGUACUGGAGAAAAUAGAAACAAUAUUUGUGAAUACUGCAACCAGAAUUUUCCAGAAGAUAUCAUUGUGCAUCACAGAAAACUUCACUUCAGACAGCGUUUCUUUUCUUGCAUAGUAUGUGGCAAAAACUUCCGCACAGAAGUUGGUUUAGAGAAUCAUAGAUGUGAAAACUCUGCAGAUGGUCAUCGUGUUCACGCCGAAGGCAUUUCUUUAGAUGCUGCUGUCACAGCCACUACAAGUGCAGUUAUUUCCGCGAUUUCUAGUGGAAGAGUUGCAACAGUUCCCACGGCUGGUGCUGUCAGUUUGAACGUCCCUACUACUCUCUCCAUCGUUACCCCCAGUGCAACUUCUUUAAUGGGCAUUGGAGUACAUGCUCCAUCUGCUGCUGAUAGAACUUCUGUUCACAGUAUGGGAGAGCCUGCUGUAUCCAGAAUAGGAAUAAGUGCUCCUAUUUCAAAUUGUACUCUUGGUAUGGUAACAGCCACUGCUCCAUCGUCAACCCUUACUACAACUUCAACCUUCAGUACAGUAACUUCUGUUGCAACUUCUAUGAACAGCACAGCAGAUCCAUAUUCAGAUUCUGCUGUGAGGGUAGAGAUUCCCUCUACAUUUGUCACAAUCAAUGAACAAACCUCUAAUUCACCCUUAACUAUCGGGAAAUCCUCAACUACCACAGGUGUCCAAACAAGCGAUACUGUGAGCUCCAUCACUAAGUGCUCCACUCCCACCUCCACACAUAAAGCUGUUACCAUCAAGACCGAUAACAGUAUUGAAGAAAAUAGAAACAAUAUUUGUGAAUACUGCAACCAGAUUUUUCCAGAAGAUAUCAUUGUGCAUCACAGAAAACUUCACUUCAGACAGCGUUUCUUUUCUUGCAUAGUAUGUGGCAAAAACUUCCGCACAGAAGUUGGUUUAGAGAAUCAUAGAUGUGAAAACUCUGCAGAGUAAGGAAAAAAGAGUUUAUUGUUAUAGACUGACAUUUUGUAUAUGCAUGUUUCUUUUCUUUUGUUUUAUGAAAAAUAUGUGGGCAGUGUUCACAGAUGGUGUUGUUACCUCUGUUAUGUACCCUUCUGUGUACAGAUAUAGUGCUGUGUUAUAUUGUAUUUAAUCAUCCUGUUGCAUUACUAUAACUUUACACUCAAUAUUAAUAAUACAGUUCCAGCAACAA